CCCCAGUCGCCAUAUCAUCCGCCAUUACAUUUUGGAUUUUGCGUAAAUUGGUCAUCGCAUUGACAUCGUGCUUGAACUGAGCAUAUUAGUGACAUAUAUAGUGUUCGUGCGUCGUAUCGCAGAGAUUUAUUAAAACAAAGAGAAGCGACGCUCAAUCGUAUGUCCAUCCAGAAUCUCAACACAUUCGACCCAUUCGCCGAUGCUAUCAAAAGCUCGGAAGACGACGUUCAAGAUGGAUUAGUCCACGUCCGGAUCCAGCAGCGGAACGGACGUAAGACGUUGACGACGGUGCAAGGACUGUCCUCGGAAUAUGACCUGAAAAAGAUCGUGCGGGCAUGCAAGAAGGAGUUCGCGUGCAACGGUACCGUGGUGGAACAUCCGGAGUACGGCGAAGUACUGCAGCUGCAGGGAGAUCAGCGCGAGAACAUUUGCCAGUGGCUCACUAAAUCGGGCCUCGUGAAGCCCGAGCAACUCAAGGUCCACGGUUUCUAGAACAAAUAACAUGUCCUUCCCUGCGACAUCAUGAUAGUUUAUAUUAUGAGAGCGUGAGAGUUAUAACAUUAUCUAAUAUGUAUUUAGAAAGUACCGACGUUUACAGAGAGUAUUGUUAUCCCGGCCGUACGGCCAGCACCCUGUGCCUUGCUGUCUCCGUAUUGUAAAAAUAAAUGUAUUUUUGAAUAUCGACACCGUCUCCGGACAGCUUAAGUUUAUUUAACGCCGAACGAAAAUAGUCUAUAAUCAUUUUUGUUUUAUACGACAUAUAUAAAUUGCUGUAAUAAUAUGAUGUCUCCAUUAUUAAACAUGUUUUUGUA